CAAAACUAAUCUCCACACCAUUUGGGAAAAUUCACUUUUUAGAGAGAGAAAAAAAAGAGAGAGAAAGUUCUCUCUAUCAAAAUAAAAAAUAGGAAAAAUAUAUUUUUUUUAAUAAAAAAAAAGGGGAGGAGAGAGAAAAUGGGAAGAGCACCAUGUUGUGAGAAGAUGGGGUUGAAGAAAGGUCCAUGGACUCCUGAUGAAGAUGAACUCUUGAUUAAUUACAUUAAUCUUCAUGGUCAUACUAAUUGGCGUGCUCUCCCUAAAUUAGCUGGUUUGUUAAGGUGUGGGAAGAGUUGCAGGUUAAGAUGGACAAAUUAUUUGAGACCAGAUAUUAAGAGGGGUAAUUUUAGUCAAGAGGAGGAAGAUACUAUUAUCAAUUUGCAUCAAAUGCUUGGAAAUAGGUGGUCCGCAAUAGCAGCAAAAUUGCCGGGAAGAACAGACAAUGAGAUCAAGAACGUAUGGCACACUCACUUAAAGAAGAGACUUCCUAAGCAAGAAACCGACUCCACCACCACCACCACCACCGCUACUACCGCUAGCACCGGUAUCACGGUUGUGCCCACCAAGAAGAGGGCUCGGAAAUUCAAGUCCAUUAAAAAGGACGGAGCAGUCUCCGAGGGACCACCGCCAAAGAAGCAACACGUGAACAACCACAACAACGGCAGCAACAUCAAUAGCAAUAAUAAUGAUAUUAAAACCGAGGACGACAGUAUACCUACAACAACAACUAGUUCAAUAAAUUGUAACCCGGUUUCACCACAACCAUGUACUAGUACUAGUGAAGAAUCUACAAUCACUAGUAGUACUAGUGUGAGUGAAAGUGACAAUUGUAGCAAGGAAAACGUGGUGAAAAAGGAGGGAUAUGUCGGCGAAUUUCCUGAAUUUAACGACGAUUUCUGGAUGGAAGUUUUGUCUGUUGAAGAAGACACUGCCAUGUCUAAUGAAGAUCUUCACUACAUGAGCAAUUCGGCGGUGACGGAACCGGUUUUUUUACAGGAUUCGAAGGUUUCGAUUCAUGGAGAUGAUAUGGAUUGUUUUUGGUAUAAUCUUUUAACAAGACCUGAUGAUCAAUUACCAGAGUUUUCAGAGAUGUUGUAAUACUUAAUUAGGUGUUCAAAAUUAGGUACUAAUUAGAUUUUUUUUUUUCUCUUUUGUUUUGGUAGAUUUUGAGGGGUUUUGCCUUCAUAAUUCUCAUGUAAUAUGGUUGGAAAUUGUCCAUUUGACAUCACAGUUUUGCAUGUUUUUGUAACUUAUUAAUUGAGAUACCUCCUUUGACA